CGACUGCAAUAGCAAAUUGAAACGACGUCGUUUCAUGCAUCAUACGCAUUAACAUGCCUUCAGUAUUUGGUGUGGCGUGUGACAGUGAAGAAGCCAAUUUGGUCAGCACUUAGCAGAGAGAAAGCAGAAAACCACCACCGUUUACGGCGAAAUGAAUCUGCCACCGGCACAGAUCCGGUGGCGCCCAGCCGCAAUCCCAUUCCUUGUGGCGGUUCUCGUUCUCGCCACUAUCUCUCCUUCCAUCGCAAUCUACUGCGACGAAGAUGAUUGCUACGAUCUGCUUGGGGUAGCACAGAAUGCUAAUGCUUCAGAAAUCAAGAAAGCUUACUACAAGCUCUCUUUGAAAUAUCACCCGGAUAAGAACCCUGAUCCAGAGUCCCGAAAGCUGUUUGUUAAAAUUGCCAAUGCUUACGAGAUUUUGAAGGAUGAGGCCACUCGAGAACAAUACGAUUAUGCAAUUGCGCAUCCGGAGGAGGUGUUCUAUAAUACUGCUCGUUAUUAUCAAGCAUACUAUGGUCACAAGACGGAUCCCCGUGCUGUCUUGGUCGGCCUCCUUCUUAUUCUUUCAGCUUUCCAGUAUCUAAAUCAAUCCACAAGUUAUCUUCCUACUUGCCUUUAGGCUGUAGCCAUGGUAAAGAAGACACCGGCAUAUAAAAAUAGAUUGAAGGCACUGGAACUGGAGCGCAGUGGGGGGAAUACAAACAAGAAGAAGAGUCAGAAGAAUACGGACAAAAAAAUGGUGGAAGACCUCAGCAAUGAACUUGAGCUGCAGAUAACAGGAGCUGAAAAGCCCUCAUUUUGGAAACUACUUGGUGUCCAAUUUGUGCUUUUACCUUAUACAUUAGGAAAGAUGCUGUUGUGGACUGGUUGUUGGAUUUGGAGAUAUAAAGUGAAAAAGUGCUCAUAUUCUUCUGAAGAUGCUUCAUAUCUGACACGAAGGGCCCUUUGUAUUCCGGACGAUAGAUGGAGAAAUAUGGAUGAAGCAACAAAGGAAGAUCUGCUGCUAAGACGCUUGUGGGAGAAAUCAAAUUUUGAAAGGUAUGUAGCUGAGAUGCGAAAAGAAUCGAAGCGUAGAAGAUAGCUGCUCAAUGUUUCUGAAAUUGAACUGAAGUACGUGCUAAUUUAAAAUCGGAUUGCUGCAAGUUGAUUUCAUUUUUAUGGUUGUAUUGAGGGUAGGGGGUUAAAAGAUAGUAGAAUUAUUCCUGUCAACCACGAAACUGUGGAUUCAUAAAAAGGAUAUACGAGUUUAUAAUAGUUUCUCAGUGUUUAUAAACUGUACUCAUUACAGAAAACGGAUUAGCGAUUGCUUAUUCUUUCAA